CUGAUACCCUCCGGAAUCCUCGUCGGUGAUUCAUGGAAUGGGAUGGAGAGGCUGAGGUUCCCCCCUGGCUGGCUGGCGCAGGGAUUAUUUGCGAGGGAAAAGUCCGCCGCUGCAGCCUAGGGGGCACUUCAGAGCAGGCGGCGGAGCCGGCAGAAAUUGCACAAGGGCUGGCAGGCGGCAAGGCGAAGACAAAGAGCACGCGGAGGGGGCGGCGUGGGGGGGGGGGCGGCGCAGUCGGUGAGUUAAACCGGAGCGGAGAGGCGGGGAGCCUUUCGCUUCGCAGGAUCGCCAGGAAGCGCGAAGCCGAGCCGUCGAAGCAGCGCGCCGAAGGCGGUCAUGGGGAAAGGCGAGGAGCAGGGCGGGAUGUGCGCCGAGCGGGAGGCGCCGAGCCCCUCGUACACCUGGGAGGAGAUCCAGAAGCACAACGUGCACACGGACAAGUGGCUGGUGAUCGAGCGGAAAGUGUACAACAUCACCCAAUGGGCCAAGCGACACCCGGGGGGGCUGCGCGUGAUCAGCCACUACGCGGGCGAAGAUGCCACGGAUGCAUUUAAGGCCUUUCACCCUGAUCCUGUGUUUGUGAGAAAGUUUCUUAAGCCAUUAUUGAUUGGAGAACUUGCCCCAGGAGAACCCAGCCAAGACAGAGGCCAGAACUCUCAAUUGGUGGAAGAUUUCCGUGCCCUGAGGAAGACAGCAGAAGACAUGAACUUAUUCCAAGCGGAUCCUGUGUUUUUUUCUCUUUACUUGGGUCAUAUCCUUGUGAUGGAGGCUCUGGCUUGGCUUAUGGUUUCAUACUGUGGUACUAACUGGAUUACAACCUUCCUCCUUGCCAUCAUCCUUGCAGUUUCCCAGGCCCAGGCUGGAUGGCUACAGCAUGACUUUGGACACCUCUCUGUGUUUAAGAAGUCUACAUGGAACCACUUAGUUCAUAAGUUUGUGAUUGGCCACUUGAAGGGCGCCUCAGCAAACUGGUGGAAUCACCGUCACUUCCAGCACCAUGCGAAGCCAAACAUCUUCAAGAAGGAUCCGGACGUGAACAUGGUGCACCUCUUUGUCCUGGGAGACACGCAGCCUGUUGAGUAUGGAAAGAAGAAGCUGAAAUACUUCCCAUAUAACCAUCAGCACAAAUACUUCUUUUUUGUUUUUCCACCUCUCCUCAUUCCAGUUUACUUCCAAAUGCAAAUCUUCAUGACCAUGUUCAGACACAAAUUCUGGGCGGACCUGGCCUGGGCCUUCAGUUACUACCUACGCUAUUUCACCCUAUAUAUCCCCUUCUAUGGAGUUCUGGGAUCCUUGUGUCUCCUCACCUUCGUCAGGUUCAUGGAAAGUCACUGGUUUGUAUGGGUCACACAGAUGAAUCACAUCCCAAUGGAAAUCGACAAUGAGAAGCACAGAGAUUGGCUCAGUGCUCAGUUGGCAGCUACCUGCAACAUUGAACAAUCCUUUUUCAACGACUGGUUCAGUGGACACCUGAACUUUCAAAUAGAGCACCACCUGUUUCCCACGAUGCCACGCCACAACUACCACAAGAUAGCACCGUUGGUGAGGUCCCUCUGUGCCAAGUACAAUGUCCCUUAUGAAGAAAAGCCUAUCAUGAAAGCAUUCUCAGACAUUGUUGGGUCCCUAAAGAAAUCUGGAGCACUCUGGUUGGAUGCCUACCUCCAUAAAUGAAGCUGGGUUUCAACAAAGGGGAAGGUGUUAGGCAAAGGGGGGGGACUGGGGGCUGGGGGUGUUCACAUAUGUAUUCUUAUCGUCCAAUUUCAGUGUGUAUCUGUGUGUACACAGCUUGAAGGGAAUUUCCUGUAUUUUAAAAUUGAUGCUGGGGUGGGUUCAGGGGACCUAUUUAAAAUCAGAGAGGGUUUUAGACAGGUCAGUUAAUGUCCAUAGAAUCUGAAUGGAAAAUGCUGAUCUGAACACGUGAUGGCUGAGAAUUGGCCCAGUAGGUUGGGGGGGGGUAUUUUGAGAAGGGAGGGUGAGUGAAGAAGCAAAUAGGCAGAGAUACUCUCCUGUUCCUCUUCCUGAGACUUACUACUUACUAUUAUUACUGUCCCAGACUCUCAGGUACUUGAUUCAUCUACACAGAUUUUAUUUUUCAAAGCAAUCAAGCUUCUGCAGAUGUUUGAAUUGCAAAACAAUCAUGGCUGGCUCUUUUUAACAGACUUGGGUCCCAUUUCCCCUUAAUGAUGCUGAAACAAGAGGAGGGAAGGCAAGAUAA